GGGCGGCUACGUCAGUUCCUCCUACUCCCGUUCUACUUGUACUUCCGGUUUGAACGCUCUGUUGUCGCUAGUUGUUGAACAGAAAGCACAGCUAAUCUAACAGCAAAAGAAACGUUGUUGCUGUGCCGAAAACGCAGCGGCGAACGAAUAAAGUGAUUUCAUAAAAGAGUCUCCUAAUUUGGUGAAGAUGUCGUACAUGCUCCCACAUUUACACAAUGGCUGGCAAGUGGACCAGGCCAUUCUCUCGGAGGAGGACCGUGUGCUGGUCAUCCGCUUCGGACACGACUGGGACCCCACCUGCAUGAAAAUGGACGAAGUGCUUUACAGCAUCGCAGAAAAGGUGAAAAACUUUGCCGUCAUAUACUUGGUGGAUAUCACAGAGGUUCCAGAUUUUAACAAGAUGUACGAGUUGUAUGACCCCUGCACCGUAAUGUUCUUCUUCAGGAACAAACACAUCAUGAUUGAUCUGGGCACUGGCAACAACAACAAGAUCAACUGGACAAUGGAGGACAAGCAGGAGAUGAUAGACAUUGUUGAGACUGUGUACAGAGGAGCGCGUAAAGGAAGAGGUCUCGUCGUCUCCCCCAAGGACUAUUCCACCAAAUACCGAUAUUAACCUCUCUCUCCUUCCUUCCUUCCUGCCUCACAAGCUCAACGCAACCCUGGACUAUUUUGCCUCUAAUUUUUCAGCAGCCACUGUUUUGUCAUUUCUGAACAUUUAUGACGACUUCUUACUCCUCCUUACUCAGUGUCUUCAUACGUUAUUUCUUUUAGUUGUGUGAACCAUGGUGCAACCAUUUAUGUGUUUCGUUGAUAGUGAUCUACUAAUUUGAAAGGAGUGGUUCUGAAUGGAUAGAUUUGUAACCAUGAAACCUACAAAUGAACGUCUUUGUGUUUUCCCCCAUGAUGGAUAUUUAUUUUAUACAAAAUAAAAAAAAUGUUUUAUGAAA